UGUUGCCUACAGUCUUAUUAUCCAUAUGAACUAAUCUUUUCGUUCAUGUUUCAUUUAUUAUUUAUUAUUUCCGAAUAUUUGUAAAAUACUAACAUUUACUUACUGAUGUUAAAACUGAGAUAGUAGUACUGUUAAAUGUAAUAUAAUUCUGUGAUAAAAAUAUUAAAGUUCUGUGCUGUUGAUUGCCGGUUUUUGAGGUUAAGGUUGUGUUUAUGUGUUUGAAUUAGAAGGCAAACAUGUUUCAAGAGAAAAUAGAAGAGUUUCAAAAUUACUUUAAGACCCAUAACAAAUCAAAAGAGUACUUGGGCCAUUCAUCAAAAGUACACUCAGUAGGUUGGAGUUGUGAUGGAAAGAGACUGGCGUCAGGCUCGUUUGAUAAGUCCGUGUGUAUUUAUACUCUUGACCGAGACCGACUAAACAAGGAAAUUAAUUUCAAAGGCCAUGGAGGAUCAGUGGAUCAGUUGUGCUGGCAUCAAACACACCCUGAUCUUCUAAGUACAGCAAGUGGUGACAAAUCAGUGAGAAUAUGGGAUACCCGAGUCCAAAAAUGCGUAGCUACUAUAAACACAAAGGGUGAAAAUAUCAAUAUCACAUGGUCCCCAAAUGGUAAUACUAUUGCAGUAGGUAAUAAGGAAGAUUUAGUGACAUUCAUUGAUGCGAGGACUCAUAAGAUUGAAGCAGAGGAACAGUUCCAUUUUGAGGUCAAUGAGAUAUCAUGGAAUAACAGCAGUGAUCUCUUUUUCUUAACUAAUGGUCAGGGAUGUGUACAUAUUUUAAGUUAUCCAGAACUAAAACGUCAACAUAUUCUUAAGGCCCAUCCUGGUACCUGUAUCUGCAUUGAAUUUGAUCCAACAGGAAAGUACUUUGCAACUGGCAGUGCGGAUGCGCUCGUCUCUCUCUGGGACAUCAACGAACUGGCGUGUGUACGUGUGUUCACAAGAAUGGACUGGCCGGUUCGAACGAUAUCGUUUAGUCACGAUGGACAGCUGUUAGCUUCAGCAUCAGAAGAUCUAAUUAUUGAUAUUGGAUUUGUGGAAACUGGGGAUAAAAUUGCAGAUAUUUCAGUAGAGGCGGCAACUUUUACGGUAGCCUGGCACCCGUCACUCUAUUUGUUGGCAUAUGCUUGUGAUGAUAAAGACACUUAUGACAGAAAAAGGGAUGCAGGAAGUCUAAAAGUUUGGGGAUUUCCAUCAGACUGAUCAUAUCAAUUAAUAAAUUAAUUUGUAUGAUUUGCCUUGUAUAUAAUUUGACUCCCUUUUCAUCAUUACAAUAAAUUCUACAAAAUUUUAAUUAACAAUAAAUAAAAUAGUUGAUUGCUCA